UGGUAUCUACGAGGGACGGUAGGUUGUUGUUUGUCCCUCGAGUCGAGUCGUUGGAGCCUCGCGGCGCGACGCAUUCGAACGGAACGUCGACCUCAACUCCGUGAGCUGUACAGCAUCUUCUGUACAGCGGUCGAGAGAGAGUAUGCUGUUCAGUAUUUAUGUCUCCGUGUUUCAGGGUUCCAUAUUCUACCGCCUGCGCACGGACAGAACCUAAUCUUCAAGAGCCGUUCGGGAUCGAUUGGGAAACGUUGUUUGGAAUCGGGCAAAACUGUGAAACGGAGGAGCUUAAAGAUAAACGCUUCCGACAAGAAGAAGCCGUUUCAGUGUCAAAAGUGCGGUCGCGGUUUCACCCUGAAGAGAAACAAAGAUCGGCAUGUGAAUUACGAAUGCGGCCACGAACCAAGAUUUCAGUGUCCUUAUUGCGGUCUACGCAGCAAGCAAACGUCACCGGUCUACGCUCACAUCAGGAAAAAACAUCCGGAAGAGGAAGUGUUUAUCUUCGACAUGAAGCUUUGAACUCGAACACUCGACGACGAAAUUCAUCGACGAACCAUUCGUUCUGCGCUCGAUCUAGCUCAGUGUUAACCGAGACGUGUCGCUUUUUCGAUCUUCUACUCGCUUUCUAAGGAAACGUAUUUCUCUACAGCACGCGCGCUCAUCUUGGAAGAUCUUUUCAGCGCCACACGAACCCUAUCAACGUUGCAUUUAACCUUCGAACGACAAUUAUGUGUAAAUAUUUUGAGUAAAAAUGCAUGCGAAUUUACACACGAAAUACAUGCACGCCAAUGAUCCUUCCUAGUUUAACAAUUCUCUUAUCGUGUUGUACGAAUUUCUGCUAACGUGCACGCCAAUUGUUCGAGUUGUCGAUCAGUAACCUUUCAUCUGCAUUCCUCCGUGCACGAAUGCCUAGUUGAACAUCAAGGAUGUCGUCGUCAUCACCCGAAGACAACGGUACACAACGAUCUCCAUUCAGUAGAUAUAAUAAUUAUCGUUAACGUAGCCUAAGACGUAUUUUUCUCUAGUACAUAUUAAAAAAUUAAAAAUAAA